UAUAAUUUUGACAAAAAACAAAAAAAGUUUGGCCAAACGAAAAAGUAGAGUAACUUUGAAACCAAUUAGAACAAUCAAUAAUCCGUAAAUAAUCCUUGCAUUACUACUUCGUGCAUAGAUUACUUGUUUUGACCCCAAAUUCAUACACCCAUACCCAACCUUCAAGAACCCAUUGUUCUAUGGCUUGAAAGUUCCAAAUCAACAUCCUUUUCCCUACUGGGAACAGAAAUACAGUUAGGGAAUCCAAAUCUGUUUUCUGGAGGGAAAAGGUGUGAAGCAAACAACUUCAAUUUCAUGAUAGUGCCAAAUAGUUACUAUUAGAAUUCAAAAAAGACGGAGGCAAUAUGGACGUUGACAAACCAAUUUGGAGAAUGUCAGGUGAAAAUCUUAGUCGGCGACUUAACCGGCAGGUAGGGUUUAGCACGCCGGAAAUCGAUGACGAUUCUGCUAUGGAGGAGAAACAGCGUCCAAUACACAUUCUAAAGAAGAAGCUCUCGCCUUAUUUAGAAGAUUUAUUCAAAAAGAAGAGUUCGGCGAGAGAAAAAGCACUGAGGACAUUGGUUGCGGAAUUUGAGAGUAAUGUUCGUUAUGAAUUUGCUGAGAAUAAUUUUGUCACUUUGGUACAUCGAUGCCAAAAUUGUUUGAAACGGGGUUCUGCAUCGGAGAUUGAUUUAGCAUUACAACUUAUAGGAUUAGUAGUACUCACUCUUGGUGCGGGUGAUGAUGCACAUGAAAUUUAUGAAGAAUCAUUGGUGUUUCUUCCUCAACUCCUCAACUACAAAUUAUCUCACUCUGUCAAGGUUAUGGAGUGUUUGUCUAUUGUCACUCUUGUUGCUGCUAGAGACUUUGUAGACACAGAAAGAUCAAUGGAAAUUAUAUGGCAAUUCAUGAAUCAGGAAUCAAAAUCCAAAGGGACCAAACAUCCGUCAUCCAGGACUGCUGCAGCAAUAUCAGCUUGGGCUCUCCUCCUUUCAAACAUUAAUAGAUGGAGUAUUGAUCACAAAAAGUGGAAAGGAUUGAUCCCUUAUCUUCUAAAACAGCUAGAGGAAAACGAUGAACAUGUUAAUGCUGCUAGCAUUGAAGCACUUGCUAUAAUUUUUGAAAAUGGCAGUCUUGAGAAAUUUUCAAAUCAAGCGGAAGAAUAUGAAAAUACAAAGAACAUGAAAGAUGACAUAAUGAAGCAUGUGAAGAGAGCAUGCAAUGGCACCAAACAAGAUGCUUCAAAAAUUCUCGAGGAUGAUUACAAUAAGACGACCUCCCUCACAUUAUGCGGAACAAGACUUACCUUUAGUACCUGGUCACAAUUGAAACAGAUAAGUUACAUAAGAAGAUUUUUAGGUUAUGGUUUUACAAAACACAUGAUGGAAAACGAACACCUCCACAACAUAUUUAACUUUGUACCAGCAACGAAAACCAGUGGCGUAGAACUGUAUAUACCUGAAUUUGAAAAGGUGGUUGUUCGGGUAUUCUUACCCGAUGUAAGAAGAGAAACUUGCUCAAAGAGGAUGAAUAUGUCCCCUAGUUCUCUAGUGAGCAAGGGAAGGACUAAGUUGAUGAACAAGUAUAGGAGUCUUGCAGAGGAGACUAAGGCCGGGCAUUACAUUGCUGAUGAAGAUCUUGAUUGAAAUAUUGUUUCAAUUGGUGUAAAUUCUUUGCCAUGUUAUUGAAUUAUAAAAUUUUCAGGCAUCAUUUGUUUAUAUCUUCACUGAAAGUGAUUCCUUUUCUUCUUGCUGUUUUAUGAUUACUAUACAUGAUCUUUCUUAUUCAAGAGAUGUUUAAAUAUACUCAUUA